AUUUCCCUUCCGUAGUGACACUUCAAAUCAACACUCCUAGACAUGAAGCUCGGCAAUCAGCAAACACCUGGCUUCGAUGCAAUGGCCGUUUUACGCCACGAUAUACAAGAGAAGACGCACCACGUUGUGAGCAUACGACAGCUCGAUGGACCCUCCGACCUCGUAAACUGGCCCACACGUUCCAUACAAAACAGCCACCAGUUCACGGUCCGUUGAGCGAGCCGCUGUUCGGCGCGUGCACGCCUCCGUCAUAGAAGCUCCCAUUCGAGGCGCAUCUAAGGCCUCGAUGGUGUUUGAGCCAAUCACAUCGUUAUCAGACACCGCGUGCUCCAGCACCCAGUCUGCGACAAAAGAGCCCACGCGACACAUCCCAAGAGUAGUAAUGCUGCUCAAAUAUCUUGCUCGUCGUCUCUCUACCACCCGUCCUCCGUUUUUUGUCGACAAGCAGAAACUGGACAAGGGCUAGAUGUCUGGUAACAAUCAGCGCGCUAUCAUGGCCAACUUUCCGCCAACCCCACAGCCGUCCACCGAUAUCACCGGCAAGAGCAGCGCAAAUGCCCCUCGUUUGGAGAAUGCCCUCACCCUUCCUCCUGCGGCCAUAAACAGUAGAGGGAGGACAGCGAGCUCAUCUGCGCGGUCUGAAAGCGCUUCGGAUUCGUCCUACAGACCACCAUCACCAGCCUCACCCGUUGCGACAUCGAAGAGUAGCCAUGCUCGCAAGCGCUCGAGUACCACUGCCCAACUGGGGAUUGUGACCAAAGACGAUUACUCUCUUCCUCCGCCGCCGACUCGCCGCGCAAAGAUCAUUCAAAUGCAACCCAAGGAUACGCAAGAACCACCCAAGUUCGACUCCCAGACACAGAGCGCAAAAGCCACCACUGCAGCCGGAAAUGGCAGCAAGAAGAAGCAAGCUGGUACGACUACUGCUGCAGGGCGGAAGAUAGCAAGGAAGACAGCACACAGCUUGAUCGAGCGGAGGAGAAGAUCGAAGAUGAACGAGGAGUUUGGGGUGCUCAAGGAUAUGAUACCUGCGUGUAGGGGUGAGGAAAUGCACAAACUGGCUAUUCUGCAGGCAUCCAUCGAGUAUAUGUGUUACUUGGAGCAAUGCGUCGCCGACCUCAGGACAGCGCACCAGUCGCAACGCGACUCACCUUCAUCCGCAACAUCAGACCUCCCCCCACCUCCCGCGACCAGGCCCGCCCUUGAAGACGACAACGAAGACGAAUCCGACAACGACGAAGACAUGGAAGACGCAAUCUCCCCUACAGCGCCAACCACCGCACCACCCCCAUCCACCUUCCAACUCGCAACCACCUCCCCCGCCAUCUACCCAUCCGACAGAAGCAUCUACACCCACUCGACAACAACAUCCCCCGCCAUGCUCCCCCAAACCCAUACCCCCUACUCCGCAAACCCAUCCCCAGCCCUGAAACCCUCAGACCCCCACCACUACUCUCUGGCUCGCUCACCAUCUCUACACGCUUCGCCUGCGUUCGGCGCCCACACACCCUCCGCACCCCACUUCAGCAACCCUUUCUACUCUGGACCGCCGAGUACCGGCCCCAUUGCUGCUCACGCGUCGUAUCACGCCGUAACGCCAUUCGCGCUCACGUCCCCCAUGUUGGGACCGCAGGCGGAUCGAGAGGAUCAGGAAGCUACCGAGGCGCUGAUGAUGCUGAAUACGGAUCGCAGGUCGCGUGGUGGUGGUGGUAGUGGGGCGCGGGGGAUGAGCGUUAGGGAGCUGCUUAGCGGGUAGGGUCGUGUAUAUGUAUUGUUUUGUAGGGUGACGGCGUUUUUUUUCUCCAGGGCUUUACGAAUUGCAAAGAUGGUCUUGGAUUGUAUGGAGGACUUUUGUGUGCUUGUUGGUGGUGGGGAGGGGGUGCGUAGAGUGUCGGAAUACAUUGGUCGGGUUGAACGAAGAACUGCUGUUCAUGUAUAUAAAAGCACCACUAUCCAGUAGACUCGAAAUCCUAUCCAGUGGAUCAACGCUUGCU